AAUUCAUCGCUCGUCGCCCGGACGUGCUAUGAGCGACUAGCCAAUAGCGCAACGCCGAAGCUGGAUAUAUACUUUACUCAGGGCCAUGCUCAGGGCAGACUGGCUCGCGUUCUCAUUGCACUCGGCUGAGAUAAGGUCCCUCUAUAAUUUAGGCUGAGAGACUCGGUCACGCGCGCGUAAGUUGCAAGCACCAGAGCGCUACCUCUACUAUUUCUAACUCGCUAUAGAAAAAAAAAAUAAUAAUCUCUGAUAUACCACCAGCCUUUCCACGGGAGUCGACGAGUUGCGCGGACUGACAGUUGUCCUUCACCAUGCUGGAGCAACAACAAAUGAACACAGUACGUCUAGAAACGCAGAGUCCUGCGCUCUACGUGGUUGUAUGGGACUGGCGGCCGCACAGCGUUACCCCAAGUAACCACGGAUAUCCGGGCGACGUCCGACGGACGUCCUUUCUGGAUAUUCGGGAUGUCCGUGGGAUAUCCAUGAAUGUCCGACGUACGUCCGAGGGACGUCCCUGGGAAAUCCAAAGCAGUGAGAGUGGCAGAGGAGCCUCGGGGCCAGCUGCUGUCAUCACUCAAGAGCUCCGUGUUUAUCCUGGGCAUAUCAUUCGUGGCCCCAGUUUCUGGAAGCAACACUCUUACCUGGCACUUGCAGCACUUCUGGGGGGCAUCAGGCAACUUCUGGCAAGGCCAGUGGGAUGCUGUCGAGGCUUUCUUUGAUGGAGAUGAGUUCUCCAAGAUUGUUUGGGGUACAUUUGGUGUGACUUUUGCGGUCUACUGGCUGGUUGGUGGUCUUUACACAAUUAUGGACCUCACUGGGCGUCCCGCAUUUCUGCUGCGGUACAAAAUCCAGGACACAGCUCCAUACCCAGUCACCUUUGGCCAGGUGUGGCGAGUGGUGCAUCAGGUGCUAUUCAACCAGCUGGGGGUGGGACUGCCUCUUGGUCUUGUGGCCCACCAGCUGCUGGUUUGGCGUGGCUACGAUCGCAGCCCCCAGCUGCCCACAUUCCACUGGGUCCUCUUUGAACUGGCAGUCUGCGCCCUGGUGGAAGAGGCAGGUGUCUACUACUCACACAGGCUGCUGCACCAUCCCCGCCUGUACAGGCGCAUACACAAGCAGCACCACGAGUGGACCUCUCCAGUCGCCAUCACAGCUGUCUACUGCCACCCACUGGAGCACCUCUGCACAAACCUUCUGCCACCAUUGCUAGGCGUGCUGCUGCUCGGCUCUCACCCUGCGACAGCUUGGCUUUGGUUUAGUGUGGCCUUGCUUGCCACCCUCAAUGCCCACUCGGGCUUCCACCUGCCAUUCUUUCCUUCGCCAGAGGCGCACGACUACCACCACCUCAAGUUCAGCAACAACUAUGGUGUGCUGGGUGUACUUGACCGACUGCAUGGCACGGACCAGCAAUUCCGACAGACAGAUGCCUAUCGCCGUCAUGUCAUGUUGCUCAGCCUGGCGCCUCUGAAGGAACUGUGGCCUGCUGAAGGAAAGAAGAACUCCCAGUAGCAACCUCUGCAUGUGUCUUAAGGCAAGGAUCAUGUUUACCUUCUGCUCAUUGGAGAAAGACAAGGCAACAGGGACGAAACAAAAUGCACCUACAAACCUUUGCACUGACGUUGUCAAUUUGCUUCCGUGGUUACAGAUCUAGUGCCAGAAAAGAAAAACAUCCGUGCACUUUAUCUACAAUAAGACAACAGCUAUCACAGCUUGUUUUCAAAUAACACCAAGCGUGACGUGUUACUUCGGCCGGGGUGCCGCAGAUAAGGCACUAGCUCAUUCAGAAUGUUCUUCUUUAUUUCGUUCUGGCUAACUCAGAGGGAACUUGUUCGAGGGCACUGCUUCAUGAUGCGGGUAGGAGUGCAAUCUCGAAGUAUUUUUCAUAUUUCGCGGGUUUUAUUUGUCAAUCAGAAAAAUUUGCACGCAGUUAGUACAUCGCUGAAAAUAUCGCAGUUAGGUGUCCCUUGGUUGUGCUUACAAAUGCCUCAUUGGCAUUUUGAUAGUUAGGAUUGUUUGUCUCGAGUUGGACAAUUAAUUACAGUUACCUAAUUAAAUCUCAGUAUUGUAAAAAUUUACUGGCAGCUACUCCACUGUACUGGAGACAAAAUGUACUUAGUUUUUUUUUAGUAACGUUCGAGUUGCUUUUUUGUAAACCUGGUUUCAUGAGAGUUAAUUGGGGCGCCCUGUAUAUUUUUACGACCUCUGCGUAGAAGUGACGAUGUUUCUAUCUUUAAUAAAUCUUGUAAAUUAUUA